UCAUGUCUGGAACUGGUCCGUCCAAUAUUAUCGUCCCCCUUACUGGUGUGGGUGAGUGGCGUGGAGACUAUAGCGGACGAAAUUGUAACUAAAAACGAAGAAAUAAGCUACAAACCCUCAUCAUAUGCGAAUAGUAUGACGUUUGUUAAGUUAAGCUAAAUAUCCACAGUUGCCAUGGGAACAGAGGAGGGCGGUAAAGCGGAGAGUUUUAACCCGAGUGAUGAGGAAAUUGAGAAGUGGAUGUCCAGCGCUUUUGACAUGGCCAAAGAUGCUCUGGAGAAUGGAGAGGUGCCAGUUGGAUGUCUGAUGGUCUACAACGAUGAAGUCGUGGGCAAGGGAAGGAAUGAAGUCAACGAGACCAAAAAUGCCACUCGUCACGCUGAGAUGGUGGCCCUAGACCAGCUCCUGGACUGGUGUCACCACAGCAACCUGGAUGUGAGCAGCGUGUGCGAGCGAACAGCCCUGUACGUCACCGUGGAGCCGUGCAUCAUGUGUGCUGCAGCCCUGCGCCUGCUCAAUAUCCCGUUUGUUGUGUACGGCUGCAGGAACGAGCGGUUCGGAGGCUGCGGCUCAGUCCUGGACGUUUCCUCUGCAGACUUACCUCAGACUGGGACCACGUUCAAGUGUGUUUCAGGUCACAGAGCAGAAGAAGCUGUAGAGAUGCUGAAGACUUUCUACAAACAGGAGAAUCCAAACGCCCCGAAACCAAAAACAAGGAAGGACUGACUGAGUUUCCCGGACAAAUCAGUUGCAGAUUCAGCUUUCAUGUUGCUUGUUUUUACGUUUUUUAUUUUUGUAAUUUAAUAAAUGACAUUUUAAAGACA